AUGUACAGCCGGAAGGCAUGGGGAGGAAGCGUGGACCCCUUUAUCCUUGUCAAAUUCUCCAAGUCGGAGGUCGGAGAAAGCGAUCCAUUGGCAAGCUUGGUCAUCUUCGAAUGGCAAGAUUACGGAUUGAUUGGCAAAUCUUCCGGAGGCGACGGCGAAAACGAAGUAUCGGCCGUCGACGCCAAAUCUUGCACCCAAGAGCAACUUGGCUCUUUCCUCCUGGCCAGCAACGCCACCGAUGUCUCCAAGAACCCGAUCAUUUCCCAAGCGAUUCACCUCAAGGACCCUGAUGCUGUCAAAUACCCCGUUAAGAAUACUGGCUUCUACUGUGUCAGCACAUAUGCAUACUCUGGCGAGGACUAUACUGCUGUCGUGACCUUCCGCAACUCCUUCGGCGAGCUUCCCGCUACACAGAUUGCGAAGCUUCCAUUCUACGGAACCUUGUCCCUCGUGUACGCCGUGAUCGGUAUCUUUUGGGGCUUCCUUUAUUUCCAGAACAGAGCCGACAUCCUCCCCGUCCAGAACUACAUCACUGCAAUCUUUGUUUUCCUGGUGGUGGAAGAAGUCAUGACCUGGGGUUUCUACAAUUUCCAAAACAUCCACGGUCUGAAUGCUGGAGCUAAGGCAUUCAUGAUCCUUGUGGCUAUUCUGAACGCCGGGCGGAACGCUUUCUCGUUCUUCCUAUUGCUUAUUGUCUGCAUGGGGUACGGUGUCGUCAAGCCAUCACUUGGUCGAACAAUGAUCUACGUUCGCAUUCUAGCUAUCGGACACUUCGUGUUUGCUGUGGUCUAUUCUAUUGCAAGCCUGUCCAUUACCCCUGAUAGUGCUGGACCCCUGGUGCUCCUGAUUGUGCUUCCCCUUGCCGGAACCCUGACUGCGUUCUACGUCUGGACCCUGAACUCUCUGAAUGCCACCAUGAAGGACCUCAUCGACCGCAAACAGAAGACCAAGGCGAUGAUGUACAAGAAACUCUGGUGGUGCAUUCUUGGUAGCAUCAUCGUUAUCUUCGGUUUCUUCUUCAUCAACUCUUUUGCCAUGGCUGGCAGCAGCGAUGCUAGCUUCGUCCCGGAGCACUGGAAGUCACGGUGGUUUGUGCUGGAUGGCUGGCUCAAUAUUGUGUACCUGUUUGAUAUUGCUUUCGUUGCGUACCUGUGGCGACCAACUGCCAACAACAGACGUUUCGCUAUGAGUGACGAGCUUGCUCAAGAUGAUGACGGAUUCGAGAUCCGCUCAUUCGGUAGCGGUCUUGACGAAGAAGACCCAUUUGAUGCCCCUCCGGAGUACCCUGGCAGCUCAGCCGCGGAGGGCCGCCGAGAUCUCUCCCCGCUACCACCAAAGCCUGUCUCUGGCGGCCCUGCCCGCCAAUCUCUUGAGGAAGAGACCAUCUUUGCUGUGGGUGAUGAAGACAAGUGGUCCGACGAUGAGGGAACGCCUCGUAACUCUGGGGAACGUCAGAGACUCACUGAACAUUAG